GCGGAUGGUGGUGCGCGGGCACGGGGGAGACGCAGCACUGGGACUGGGUCGGACGGGCGGCUGCGGGGUCCACUCGCUCGCUCGCUCGCUCACUCGCCGGAGAACAAAGUGAAGGCGGACCGGGCAGUGGCAGCGGCAGCGGCAGCUUCGCGCAGCGCAGCAACAGAACGCAGCCCAGAUCAGCCCAGCCCAGCGCCUUGCGGCCGAGCCUGUCUUCCGGGGGAGGGUAAGGGGGGCUGCAGAGGCGGAAGAUCUGGGCUGUGAAACAUGCCAGCGGCCGCCGAGAGGUUCCUGAGCGAGGGCAAGGGGAGAGGGCUGCAGACUCGCAAGGACCUGCAGAUAGGCGAGCUGCUCUUCACAUGCCCAGCCUACACACACGUCCUCACCGUCAACGAGCGGGGCAACCACUGCGAGCACUGCUUCACCCGGAAAGAGGCUUUGGCAAAGUGUGGACGAUGUAAAUUAGCAUUUUACUGCAAUGCGACCUGUCAGAAAGCUGACUGGCCAAUGCACAAACUGGAAUGCUCUUCAUUGAGUAAAUGUGGACAGAACUGGAACCCCUCUGAGACGGUCAGGCUGGUGGCAAGAAUCCUGGUUAAACAGAAAAUGCACCCAGAGAAAACUCCUUCGGAAGAAUUAUUAUCUGUUGAUGAGUUUGAAUCGCAUCUUGAUAAAUUGGAUAAUGAAAAGAGAGAACUGAUUGAGAGUGACAUUGCGGCUCUUUAUCAUUUUUAUUCUAAACACUUAGACUUUCCUGACCCGGUUACCUUGAUUGAGCUGUUUGCUAAGGUUAAUUGCAAUGGAUUCACAAUUGAAGAUGAAGAACUUUCUCAUUUGGGUUCUGCCAUUUUUCCAAGUGUUGCCUUGAUGAAUCACAGUUGUUGCCCAAAUGUGAUUGUAACCUACAAGGGGACAGUUGCGGAGGUCAGAGCCGUGAAGCGGAUAGACCCUGGUGAAGAGAUUUUCACCAGUUACAUCGAUCUGCUGUAUCCAACUGAAGACAGGCAAGACCGAUUGAGGGAUUCUUAUUUCUUUACUUGCGAUUGUAGAGAAUGUGCAACAAAAGCUAAGGAUAAAGAGAAGCUGGAAGUGACAAAAUACAAUGAGCCACCAAAGCCGGAGGCUGUCAAGGAUAUGAUCAAAUAUGCAAGGAAUAUAAUUGAAGAGUUCAGGAGAGCCAAGCACUACAAAACCCCUAGUGAAUUGCUGGAGAUCUGCGAGUUAAGUCUGGAUAAGAUGGGAUCCGUUUUUGAGGAUAACAACGUUUACAUGCUGCACAUGAUGUACCAAGCCAUGGGAGUGUGUUUGUAUAUGCAGGACUGGGAUGGAGCACUCCGUUACGGGCAAAAAAUAAUCAGACCUUACAGCAAACACUAUCCUGCAUAUUCUCUGAACGUUGCUUCCAUGUGGCUGAAACUGGGUCGAUUGUAUAUGGGUCUGGAACAUCAUUCUGCUGGAGCAAAGGCAUUGAGGAAGGCUUUGGCUAUCAUGGAAGUGGUGCAUGGGAAGGAUCAUCCAUAUAUUUUUGAAAUUAAAAAGGAACUGGAGGAGAAAUGAAUGUUUUUCCUUGACCAUCACUAUUCCUCAAAUGAAAUGCGAGACUAUUCCCCUGUAACAGAAUAAUGUGUAUUCGUUUGUAACAAAGGGUCUGAAAAAUAACAGCAUGAAUGUUAAAGGAAUGCUGUUUUUAUUUUUGUUUCUAAUAUUUAACUGAGUAUGACAAUAAAUAUAAAAUUGCAUCACCUCAGAUUUUUGAUUUUGUUUGAACUGCGGUAUGUUCUCUGAACAUUUGACUUGUUGCAAGCUUUUCAGUAUGUGCGAGUCUCUAUGUAUAAGAACAUAAGACAUGGCCAUUUGACUGCCGAUGCCUGCUCUGUCAUUCAGCAGGAUAUCUAAUCUUUUACCUGUGUAUCACUUUCUUACUCUCAGACCAUAUCCCUUGUGGUAUCUAAAAAUAAAUCAAUCUCUGUCUUGACCAUACUUGGUGAGUGUGUUCAUCCAUGGCCAUCUGAGUAGAAAAUUCCAAAUGUUCACAAAUACAUUUCUUAUCACCUCUGUCCGGAAACUUUUUUUUUCCCCAUUGAACACAUUGUUUUCAUAAUUCAGUUUUUCUAUAAUGCAAGCUUUCUUAGGAUAGUUAUCAUGUUAAAGCAAAACUACCUGUAUUGAUUAAUUUUAAGACUUUAUGCUAUGCAAUUUGUGUUGUAGUUUUAAGAAUGUAAUCAUUAAGGACCUACUUGCUCCACUGUGAUUUGGAGGAGCAUAGAUGCAUAACCUGCAGCUUUGUGGCUCACUGGAUCUUUUCUUCGGACUACCUUGAUGAAUGUGCGAGAAAGCCGAACCUUCACUAGAUCGCUCCAACAUACACCUGCAAUGGAACAAAUAUUCUUUGGGGCUAUGUAAAAAUCUCAUCAGGAUGGCAAGGUCAGCACUAAGGAGGAAUGCAUCAGCGAGGUUGCAAAGAGGCAACACAUUGCCAAAGUUGCAAGCUCAGUAAGGUGAAAUGUGUCUCGAGUUGCCAUGGAUCGAGCAAAGGUCCAACAAGAAUCAGGAUCACCAACAUGACUAGGAGCACCAGAGAACAAGAAAUCAGCAAAAAAAACGAGGGAACAACCCAUAUCUUGGUCAAUGAUGAAAUAGUGGAGACAACAAACAGGGAACGAGUGUCGGAGAUGAACUUGAGAAUGGAUGUGCCAAAGACUCCAUGACUAGUAAGGAGAAAAUGGGUUCAAUUUACAUUCUGUUUAAACACCAUAGAGUAUACUCUCCGUUGUUCAACUGAGGGGUGCAAUGUGUUCAAAAUUAUAUGUCUGCAACCUUUGGGGUCACUUUUGCCAAGUCUUUUACUUUUUGCUGUCUUGGAUAAAUUGUUUUUGCGUGUUGUCCGAGUCUGUGUCUGUGGUACUGCUGUAAACAAGAUUUUCAUUGCUACCUGUACCUCAAUGAAUUUAUGCAUGGGUCAAUGGGCAGAAGAUCAAAAUUAUGUGGAUAUUGCACCUGUAAAACCACACACAAAAAGCCAAAUCUGUAUUCAGUCAUCUUUUUAUAGAAGAAAAUAUGGUGGUAUAUUAAAAUGCAAUGUAGGGAUGAUAUGGAUGCUGUCAACACAUUUGAGAAAUUGUGGCAGUUAUAUUGUUUCCACAUCGCAAUAAAAAGGAUAGCAACAGUGAGAUUCUUGCAAAAAUGCUUUAUUGUGUAUAUGAAUGAUAGAGAAUUAUCUUUUACAAAAUGUUUGGUACAUUCAUGAAUAAGGAAAGUCACAAAGCAUAUACAAAAUUAUUUACAUGUCAGAAAAAUUUGCUCUUAUUUGUCUCAUGAAGCAAUGCUGAAUGGUUCCGUAUCCAAACAGAGGAAACAAUAGUCAAUGUAAAAUACUGUCAUGUUGUAUCACAGUUUUGCACCAGAGAAAUAAUAAAACUUAUACACUGAA